CCACCAGAAUCUCCUGGCACCAGACAGUCCCAUCUACAACAAGAACAGAGGACAGUCACCAUGAGCACUGCAGGCAAGGUGAUCAAAUGCAGAGCUGCUGUGCUCUGGGAGCCUGGAGCCCCACUGAAUAUUGAGGAGAUAGACGUGGCCCCACCGAAAGCAAAGGAAGUCCGAGUAAGGAUGGUGGCCGCAGGAAUCUGUGGUACGGAUAUAAAAAGUCUGGAUGACAAAAAUCUUGGCCCGUUUUGCCCCAUCAUUAUGGGCCAUGAAGGAACCGGCAUAGUCGAGAGUGUGGGGGAAGGAGUUAGCACGGUGAAAACAGGUGAUAAAGUCAUCAUCUUAUGUCUACCACAAUGUGGAGAAUGUAACACUUGCCUCAAUUCCAAGAACAAUAUUUGUAAAGAAACUAGACUGUCAGGAACACAUCUGACAUCUGAAGACAACAGCAGAAUUACCUGCAAAGGAAAGAUAGUGUAUCAAUAUAUUGCUACGGGCACCUUCUCUGAAUACAUAGUCAUAAGGGAAAUCUCAAUCGCCAAGGUUGAUGAAGAUGCUCUUCUGGAGAAGGCAUGCAUAAUUGGCUGUGGGUUUGCCACUGGCUUUGGUGCUGCAAUCAACUCUGCCAAGGUGUCUCCUGGCUCCACCUGUGCUGUGUUUGGCCUUGGAGGUGUUGGCCUGUCUGUCAUCAUUGGCUGUAAAGCAGCAGGAGCAACUAGGAUCAUCGCUGUGGACAUUAACAAAGACAAGUUUGCAAAGGCCAAGACAGUGGGUGCCACUGAGUGCAUAGACCCACGAGACUUUGAGAAACCCAUUCAGAAAGUCUUAUUUGAUAUGAUGAACGAUGGAGUAGACUUCACCUUUGAGGUCACUGGAAACCCAGAAACAGUGGCAAAUGCCCUGGCCUCCUGCCACAAGGAUCAUGGAGUCUGUGUGAUUGUUGGAUCAUUAGCAUCUUGGAUUCAACUCAACAUCAAUAGUCAGUUGUUCUUCUCAGGACGUACCCUAAAAGGGUCAGUUUUAGGAGGCUGGAAAACCAAGGAUGAAAUCCCUAAGCUGGUUUCUGACUAUACGGCAAAGAAGUUUAACCUAGACCCACUGAUUACCCACACCCUGACUCUUGACAAGGUCAAUGAAGCAGUUCAGCUCAUGAAAAAUGGGCAAUGUAUCCGCUGUAUCCUGUUACCUUAA